AAGAUCGGAGACCUGGGAUCCAACAGUAAACAAAUAUUUCUAAACCUUCAAUCCAAAGGCCUGAAAGGAGGAGGCAAAUUUGGACAAACAACUCCUCCACUCGUUGACUUCCUCAAGGAUAUUCUAAGGAGAUACCCAGAAGGAGGACAAAUUCUAAAGGAGCUGAUUCAGAAUGCAGAGGACGCUGGUGCCAGUGAAGUGAAAUUUCUCUUUGAUGAAACACAUCAUGGCACUGGAUCUCUUUUCUCAAAAGAAAUGGCCCAGUAUCAAGGACCUGCACUUUAUGUAUACAAUAAUGCAGUUUUCACCUCUGAAGACUGGCACGGAAUUCAAGAAAUUGCAAGAAGUAGGAAAAAAGAUGACCCCCUGAAGGUUGGAAGGUUUGGAAUUGGC